CAGAAUCUUGUUUGACCACAUUCUCUAGUGCUUGACUAUGUAUCUUAGUCAACAUCAGUAUGAGUGCAGGUCUUCUUCUACAAAUUGUUCUCGCUGGCACCGAAACCCACUACGCAAACAGAGGACUAAUCGAUGAAGAGCGGCUCGAGCAUUUGCUAGUUGCGGGAAAACAAAUUCUUUACAAGUCUCACCAAGAGAGUGAUGUCCGGUCGUCGUUGGGAUUCAACCCUAAGGUGUGGGAUGGCCUGACCAAAGUUCUCACAGUCGCCAUACCUGCAUUGGAACAGCAGUCUUUCGCCUGGAAGAAUCCACCUGCCGCAAGUUUCAAUGGCAGCAGUUCAGAAUUGAUCGCUGCACAUUACCUCUCUCUUGUAAAGGAUAUCGAACGCCUAAAUGAUCUAUGUACGAUAGCACGGAACCUUUUAGCAACGACCAAGAAGGCUCAAAACCUCGCUGCAGACAAAGGGUUUGACCAACAAAUUCUCAAACUGAUCGAUGUCUGUGUCCGCGUGACGGCUCGAGGCUAUGAUGGGGAACAGAACCAGCGAAAUGAAGAGCGGUGGCAAAAGGUCGUCAAUCUGUACAAGAGACUACUCAUAACAUGCCUACAAUUUCUACACAACUUCAUCAUGCACAAUGAACAACGCAAGUUGGUGUUGUGGCUGGACCUCUUUGGCCAGGCGCAAGCACAUGACAGUGAUGAGAAUUACUCCCAAGGGCCAGAGACGGAGGGUGUCGCAAACGAUCAGGAUGUGAACGGUAGGGAAGAGAUGAUUCGAUCUGCCGCCGAACAGAUCUCCCGAAUGAACCCUCGAGAAGCAAGCGAGAAACUCGGUUACAACAUUGAUGAUAUCCAUGCCCUGUUUGACAUGAUGGGUCCUGGAACAAGUACAGACGCAGAUGAGGAGAAGCAGGCACAAAUGAAAAUAGUCAUGGACAGAAUCAAAAGCGACAUGGCUAAAAUGGCAGGUAUGACAGUCAAGCAAUUGGAGUCCGCACCAGAAGCUGUGCUCAAGGUUGGGGCCCAGCUACGCCGUCAGAUCCCGUUCAAAGAGGCUGUGAACACCCAGAGCGGACUGGAUGGCGAAAAGGCUGCUACGACUGGCGAGUCCAAUCAUGGCCAUACCCGACCCUCCCAAUGGAAUACGCUGUCAAAAUUGAAUGUCGAAGGCGGACUCGUCGAUGCAGACCAGACUAUAAAAGAGGAGGAUCUGACUAUGCCCAGAACUGCGCAGUCCGCGGCUGCCACUCUUAAAGAAGCAAAAGAUGAACUCAUGGCUCGGUUGCACGAGUCAGGUGCGAUGGUCGAUGAGAAUGGUGACAUUUCCUAUGAUGAGGAUGGCAAUCCUGAAGACUAUGAUGAUGACCUGGUUGAUAGCGUCGAAGAUAGUAUGGAAGACGAAGAUGAAGAAGACGAUGAUUACCGUGGCUCCGGAGAUCAAGAGAGAGGUUUGCUCACCGACGUGCCUCUGGUACUGGGGCCGACGGAAAUCGAAGCACUACCCAUGAUCAUCCAAGCCGGUAUAGUCGACAACUUUGGCUCAAAGGCAAGCGAGCGCAACGGCACCAAGAAUAUGCAAGCUGUUCGCUGUCAUAUUCUGCUAGCCCAGGAAGCGGGACGGAAUGUCUUGCGAGAAUUGUUGAUCUUCAUUGCCGCGUGGGACCUCCCUGACGACGAAUUCUACUUCAAGAUGAUGGUUCAGAUCAUGGAGGCGAUCCUCAAAAACGGACUCAUGUCUCAUGCCUAUUCAGAUUUUGGGCAACCGAAAGAUAUCAUCUCCCCUGCUCAAGCUGUGGUCAUCAAGAUUCUCACCCACAUCUUCCGUGCAAAAUACAGUCCGGCGGCGGUUGUCCAAAACUCGAAUGAGCAACCUCACCCAAAGACACGUGUGCCUGCUCCUCUAAGCAGAGUCGAUGUUCUGACCGUACGCUACAUCUUCAUUGUUUUCCGGGGCAACAUCAUACCGGAGACCUGUGCUUUAAUCUAUCUUCAGGGACAAAUACGUGCAGGGCUUGCAUUGGCUGAAGAUUUCCCACUUAAUCUGUGGGACAUGGAGAGGGUUUAUGAGGGGGUUUAUCAAUUCCUCGAAUUCUUUGCUGUUCUGACCGAGAACAAUGACUGGAAAAAUAUCCUUGUCCAGUGGGAAAUCGUCUACGAUCUUGUCACUCUGAUCAAGGAACUUGAUAAUAGCAUUGCCAAAGUUCCCUUGACCAAGACAAUGCCACCGCCCAGUAAUAGUGCAACACCAAAUGGUCCAAAACAAAUUGGGACCGAGUCGGUUUCGCAAACGUCAGGACCCGUCGCCGUCGAGCGGCCAUACGACGUGGAUCCCGUGACGCAAAAAGCGCAAGACGCGGCCAGCACAGACGCAGAUCCUUCACCACCAAUGUCAAAAUCUCCUCCACCACCCCAGGUUGCCGAGGAGCCUGCCGACUUUGAAUGGCGCAAUCUUAAGAAGCUCAUUGUUCUUGUCCUAUCAAGUUUGGUGUGGAAGUCUCCAACGGUGCAGAACCAGAUCAGAGAGUAUGGAGGCGUUGACACAAUUAUGAGUUGCACGAACUAUGAUGGAUGUAAUCCAUACAUCAAAGAGCACGCGAUCAUGUGCAUCAGAUUCCUGCUGGAGGAUAACCCCGAAAACAAAGCUCUGGUGGCGCAGUUGCAAGCACGAGAAAUGGCGCCGCUUGACGGAGCUACUCAGGAAGUCAUGGAUAAGAUGAACCUCAAGUUUCAACUCGGCAAAGAUGGGAAAGUCGAGUUGAGCGAAAAGGAACUUGCGUACCUGAAAAACAUUCAGGCCGAAGCUCAACGCACGCCGAUGAAGUUGAGCAACAGCAACAGAGAAAACGACAGAGGUGUACCUGUCACGAAUGGUGCAGGUGUCGAAUCGAGUACAGACAAGGGGAAGGGCAAAGAAAAAUCGACCGACGAUGAUCUCGAGUUUAUGUAGUCCAUCAGCUGUGGUACGAGAUACUGGGUUCGAAAAAUGAGCAAGGAUCUGAAACUCCGUGUCAGGGAACGAUUACUAAACAACUGGGGUCGCUUUUGUGUGGAAGCUGGAAGAGACUUCCUGUCUUUCCAAGACUUUGCCAAACUCACGUAUUGGCUUGAAGCGAACCGGAAGAGAUCGGUCAUCAAACUUUUGGGGAAACCUGCUGCCCAACAAGGGUAGUAGGCACGGAGUGUGCAGGAUGCCGAAUGCGGAAUGAAGAACUUGUUAUUGUUAGUUCAAUACCCCGUACGGACGGUAUUCAAUAUUGGAAGGGCGGGGCGUGGAUGUAUGUAUCCUGACUCGCUCCGGAUGAACAUGGCUAUUUACCUAGGUAGACGUCAACCACUUGUGUUGCUGUCCGAGUUGGUGGGCUACUAUGGAAGAAACAAUUCGAUUCAAUUUUCUUUUCUCCAGGAGGCUGUCUUGAU